CUCUAUUGGAUCACCCAGUUGUCAGUUUGUAUCCUCCGGCUCUGAAUGCAGCUCGGCCGGGGAGGCAUGAAGAUAACGGACGAUAAGCGGGAAUCAUCGCUGGUACAAGGAAGAGGACGGGGGACGCACUCUGCUAUGCUGCAGCUCCAGACAGAAUGGGUGAGCAUCAGACCUACGUGAAGCUCAGUGCAGAGAAACUUAUUCCAAAGUCUGACAUCUUGUCACUAUUGAGGACCUACAACUGUUACCACGAAGGGAAAAACUUCCAGCUGAGGACUCGCGAGGAGGAUGGAGGGCUCAUUCUCGAGGGAUUGCUGAACAUCUACUGGGGUCUACGUCGACCAAUCAGACUGCAGAUGCACGAUGACAAUGAAAGAUUCCGUCUCAACCGAAACGAUAGAUCUGCUGUGGCAUCUGCGGAGUCUAACAAUAAUUCACUGGGCAGAGAAACUGGACCAGCUAGAGGUGACAUGGGUGGUCAGGAGGAAGAGGAUUCCCCGCAGCUGCUGAGGACCAGGAGUGAUGCUUCCUUCAUGCGGGUUCAGAGGAGGUCAAAGACUCACACUGCCAGAGACUUGCAGCGCUUGCGCACACACAGGUUCUCAAUCAACGGACACUUCUACAACCACAAGACAUCUGUAUUUACUCCAGCCUUUGGUUCGGUCACUAACGUACGAGUGAAUAGCUCCAUGACGACCGCACAAGUCCUCAACCUGCUACUACACAAGUUUAGGGUGGAGAAUAAUUCUGAAGAGUUUGUCCUCUAUAUGGUUCACGAGUCUGGCGAGAGGACCCGUCUGAGAGAAGGUGUGUACCCACUGGUGUCUCGGGUGCUCUAUGGACCCUGUGAAAAAAUCUCCAAGAUCUUCAUCACGGAGGCUGACCUGGGAGAGGAAGUCACAUACGAUGUUGCCCAGUACAUAAAGUUUGAGACCCCUGUUUUAGACAGCUUUGUCGAGAAACUCAAAGAGGAAGAGGAACGUGAGAUAAACAAGCUGACCAAAAAGUAUAGUGCUCUGAGGUCUAUGAUUCUACAUCAACUUGGAGGCAGAGCUCACACCAGUGACAUAGUAUAGAGUGUGUGUGUGUGUGUGUGUGUGUGUGUGUGUGUGUGUGUGAAAGAGAGAGACUGGGAAAGGUGUGGGUGAAACACUAAUGAUUGUUGAUUUGAUAUACUAUGAUACUGUAGUGAAUGUAACGGUAAAAGGGUAAAAGUAAAGACUCAGUAGACUGAUAGCAUACACCAACGUGCUUGUACUUUUAGAAUUACAUAUCCCAACAUUUUCUAUUAUCUGUUUUAUUAAAGUUUUUUUUAUUAAAAGGGUAUCACUGCUUUUAUAGCACUCCUGUUAAUGUAUUCACUUUUUGUAUGAAAAUUCUUAUUGCUAAUAUGGAUAUUUAUACAAGCUGGUUUUUUUAAAUAUUUUUCUUGUUCUCUGAAUUGGACCUUUUUAUGUAAUAAAUCAGUUUGAGUGUGGCCUUUAUA